UGCAGCAAAGCUAAAACCAAGCAGGGAGAAGAUGAGCCUUAAGUCUGAACGCCGAGGAAUUCAUGUGGAUCAGUCAGAGCUCCUAUGCAAGAAAGGAUGUGGUUACUACGGCAACCCUGCUUGGCAGGGUUUCUGCUCCAAGUGCUGGAGGGAGGAGUACCACAAAGCCAGGCAGAAGCAGAUUCAGGAGGAUUGGGAACUGGCAGAGCGACUACAGCGGGAGGAGGAAGAGGCCUUUGCCAGCAGUCAGAGCAGCCAAGGAGCCCAGUCCCUCACAUUUUCCAAGUUUGAGGAAAAGAAGACCAAUGAGAAGACCCGCAAAGUUACCACAGUGAAGAAAUUCUUCAGCGCUUCUUCCAGGGUUGGAUCAAAGAAGGCAGAAAUUCAGGAAGCAAAAGCUCCCAGUCCUUCCAUAAACCGGCAAACCAGCAUUGAAACGGACAGAGUGUCUAAAGAAUUCAUAGAGUUUCUCAAGACCUUCCACAAGACAGGCCAAGAAAUCUAUAAGCAGACCAAGAUGUUUUUGGAAUCAAUGCAUUACAAAAGGGAUUUAAGCAUUGAGGAACAGUCAGAGUGUACUCAGGAUUUUUACCAGACUGUGGCUGAGAGGAUGCAGACCCGUGGGAAAGUGCCUCCAGAAAGAGUUGAGAAGAUAAUGGACCAGAUCGAAAAGUACAUCAUGACUCGGCUUUAUAAAUAUGUGUUCUGUCCAGAAACUACUGAUGAUGAGAAGAAAGAUCUCGCCAUUCAGAAGAGGAUCAGAGCCCUGCACUGGGUUACACCUCAGAUGCUUUGUGUCCCUGUUAAUGAAGAAAUUCCAGAGGUGUCUGAUAUGGUGGUGAAAGCAAUUACAGACAUCAUUGAAAUGGAUUCAAAGCGUGUGCCCCGGGAUAAGCUGGCCUGUAUCACCAAGUGCAGCAAGCACAUCUUCAAUGCCAUCAAGGUCACCAAGAACGAGCCCGCUUCAGCCGACGACUUCUUGCCCACUCUCAUCUACAUUGUUUUGAAGGGCAACCCCCCGCGCCUUCAGUCCAAUAUCCAGUAUAUCACCCGCUUCUGCAACCCAAGCCGGUUGAUGACUGGAGAGGAUGGCUACUAUUUCACCAACCUGUGCUGUGCUGUGGCUUUCAUUGAGAAAUUAGAUGCUCAGUCUUUGAAUUUAAGUCAGGAAGAUUUCGAUCGAUACAUGUCUGGCCAGACUUCUCCCAGGAAGCAAGAAUCGGAGAACUGGUCUCCUGAUGCUUGCUUGGGUGUUAAGCAGAUGUAUAAGAAUUUGGAUCUCCUGUCUCAAUUGAAUGAACGGCAGGAAAGGAUUAUGAACGAAGCCAAGAAGCUUGAGAAAGACCUAAUAGAUUGGACAGAUGGAAUCGCAAAAGAGGUUCAAGACAUUGUUGAGAAAUAUCCACUUGAAAUUAAGCCCCCAAAUCAGUCGUUAGCAGCUAUUGACUCUGAAAAUGUUGAAAAUGAUAAACUUCCUCCACCGCUGCAACCUCAAGUUUAUGCAGGAUGAUAAAAAAUUGACGUAGAUAGUAUUUAUUUGAGCCUAAAUUGUAGCCAGCCCUUAUUGCCACAGUCCACCAAUUGGGAUCUAGAGUAUAACUUAAUUGCUUAUAAAUAUCAGAGCAUUUUUAAAGGUACAGUUUAUGGGGAUUGUUUUGUUCAUUUUGUUUUUGUUUUUCCUGUCAGGGGAGGCUUAGGAAAUAAUAAAGUACUAUUUAUUUGGGUUACUGAAAUAGAUUCAUUUAAGGCUUGUGUGAAAAUUUUGUCUAUAAAUCUAUUUUUUCUCCAUGAUUUUCCUAUGUGCUUCCUCUGUGGCAUUCACUGUGUUUUGGAUUUGGUUAAAUAAUUGCCUUUUGAAGGAUAAAACAAAUGAAUGCUACAAAAAUGUAUGUUUAAGGAAAUUCAAUGGUACCACUGUUCUACAGUUUGAAAUAAUUUUAUAAUUGUAAAGAUAGAAGAUAUAUUAAUAAGUAAAUAUGUAAAAUUGUAAAUAUGUAAAAAAAAAAAAAGGAAUGGUGUCUGCUGUGCAUGGCAUUUCAUGUGUUAAUUUUUUUAGUUUAAAAUGAAGUAUAUAGAGGGAGUUCCCUGGUGGUCUAGUGGUUAGGAUUCGAUGCUUUCACCACUGCAGCCCAGGUUCAAUCCCUGGUCUGGGAACUGAGAUUCCACAUCAAGUUACUUCACGCUGCAGCCAAAAACAAGAAGUAUAUUGAAUGUUUGCCUUUAACACCAUUUUACUUGGUUUGCCCCAGAAAAUGAAUCUGGCAGUGUUUAGACAUGUUCCCCCUAAAAUGCUGCGUCUGUCUCUAAUGUGUGAUAACCCUACCUUUGAGACCCUUCCUGUGUAGUCAGAGAGCGUGACACUAUUGAGGUUCAGGAUACCUUUUAUAAAUCACUGAACCUUGCUUCUGGCACUGCUCCCCUCCUUUGAUUCAGCGGGUCCUCAUUGGGCCCUUUGUAAGGGAGCCGGCCCAGGUUCUGGGUCCGAGGAUGAGCAAUGGACGGGUCUCUGCUGGUGGGAGCUGAUGGGGGAUCCCUUAGAGCUUUGAAGUGCAGGCAAUGCCUUUCCGCCUCCAUGGGGUACCUCUGACUUUAUGAACAACCGGACACCCUUCAUGUCAACCUCUUUCAGGGUUUCUCAGCCUCAGUACUGUUGACCUUUGGGGCCCGAGGAUGUUUUCGUGGCAGGUGCUGCCCUGUGCAUUGUAGGGUGUUUAGUAAUGUCCCUGGCCCUCCACCCACUAGAUGCUAAUAGCAACCUCCCAGUUGCCAAAAAAGUCAUCUACAGGCAUUGCGGGCUGGGGACAGAAUUGCCCCCAGUUAGGAACUCCUGAUCUGUUUUGCAAGCAAGGGAGCUUUCAUCCUGGUGGGUCAUGCAGUGUAACCAGCCUACUGCAGUGAGUGCACAGGGUAAUGGGAACUGAGAGGCUUCAGUGAGGCUUUCCCGCCACCGGCCAUGUGGAACCUUUUCUCGUCCUGAUGGAACCCUUCGCAUCCUAAAUACACCACUAUGAUCCUCCUCCUCCUCCUCCUCGCAGCCGCCGCCGCCGUUUCUACGGAUUAUCAGUGUGCCUGUGACAUUGAAAUUCCCAGGGCACCCUUCUUGAACAAGGUCACCUCACACAAGCAGUCAAGAAAGCUUCCUUUGCUUUUCAAGGGUGUUCCUAAUAGUGUACCACACAUUUUUGUUUGUUCACUGCAAGCUGUAGUCAUUUUGGAGUGAUGGUAGGGUGAGUAUAAAACUUUUUACCGGUCCCUUAUAAAUUUAUGUGUGAAAUCCAUCAAGGUGACACGUCUCUUGUCCUAAAGCACCGAAGAUGUUCUGAAACAGUUCACUGAGUCAGCUGAUCGCCCAGCUACUUGGAAUGUGAGGAGUUACCAUGACAUUUCUGGAGAAUCUGCUCGUAGAAUUGUGGGCGCAAAUGGUCUCUGUAGAAGGUGUUCCCCGUUUUUCUUUUCCAUGUACUUUCUAGGUGCUACUCCAGGUAUACACACUCUUAAUUCUCCUGGGAAUCUUCCAUUCUUUUCCUCAUUGUACAUUAUGUUUGUUAAAUAAAAUAUGCAUAUCAGCCUCCCCCCAAAAAAA